AUGAGUCGAUCGCCAUCCCAAGGAUUCCGUUGUAAAGCUUUUGUAUUUGACCUUGACGGUACUUUAAUUGAUACCACUCCUCUUGUCAUAAAGCACUGGCGCGAUUUCGCCAAUGAGCAUGACCUCGAUCCUGAAAAGAUUUUGGAGAGCUCCCACGGUCGUCGUACAAUUGAGACCAUUGCUCGCUGGGUUCCAGAAUUGGCCACACCCGAGGUUGUAGCGGAAAUGGAACGCAAGGUCGCUGAUCAAACGGAAGGUGUCAGCAUCUUACCUGGUGUGCGCAACUUGCUAGAUAAAAUUCCACAGAACCGAAUCGCCGUCUGUACGGCUGGCACUGAAUAUAUGGCAACCACUCGUCUAAAGCAAUGCGAGAUUACCCUUCCCAAAGUGAUGGCUACGGGCGACAGGGUAACUCAUGGCAAGCCUCAUCCGGAGAGCUAUUUAUUGGCCGCCCACGAACUGGGAUAUGCACCUGAAGAUUGCCUCGUGUUUGAAGAUGCCCCUGCCGGUGUCAAGUCUGGACGAGCAGCUGGAAUGCAAGUCAUUGCAUGCACGACGACGCACAGUGCCGAAGAACUUCGGGAAAGUGGAGCGACAAAGAUUGUUCAAUUUUUGUCUGAUGUGGAAAUCGUUCCCUUGCCUGACGGUAAUUUUGAAGUCUUGGUGAGCAAUGCUUUGUGA